AUGCAUUACGUAGCCCUUUUCGUGGCAGCGACUGCUGCAUUGUUAGGAGCAAACGCUGCACAGGCUCCACAACAUUGGAAAGAUCUCGUCAAGCAAUACCAGGAUAAUACACUCAAGCAACUUCCGCAGGGAAAUUGUACUAAGAAGAAUAUCGUUACGCGUCCAGAAUGGGGCGAUUUGUCAGACAAGCAGCACCGAAAAUACAUCGAAGCCGUCAAAUGCUUGCACAAAAAGCCAUCCAUAAUUGGUGCCGACAAGGCGCCAGGAGCCCGGUCGCGAUAUGACGACUUCCAAGCCGCACACAUCAUCAACACUCCCCUGAUCCACGCCACAGGAAGUUUCUUCGCAUGGCAUCGGUGGUUUUUGUAUCUCUGGGACAAAGCCCUCGACGAAGAAUGUGGUUAUUCGGGGUCUCAACCGUACUGGGACUGGUCGAAAUAUGUUGACCUGCCAUUCAAGUCGAAUCCGCUGAUCGAUGGCUCCGAGACUUCAAUUUCAAGCAAUGGGAGAUACAUCCCUGGUCGUAAUGGAACCCUGCAGACAUUGCCAGUCCCGGACUCAAGUUCAAUCCCGGGGAUUUUCACCCCUCCUGGUACUGGCGGCGGCUACAUUUACGAGGGGCCAUUUGUGAACUGGACACAGCAUCUUGGACCGUAUUAUAACCAAACAGUCACAAACGGCAUCAAAGUCAAGCCAAAUCCCGGUCCGAAUGCUCUCGGAUACAACCCCCGCCCAAUCAUUCGCGACUUCAACAACACCCUUCUCCUCCAACUCAACACCUAUGACGCCGUAGUACAACUAAUUGAAAACAACACCAGCAUCCACGGCUUCCAGCCCUCAUUCUUCGGAGGCGCCCAUCUCGAAGCCCACUCCUUCAUCUCCGGCGUCGACAACGAUCUCUUCACCUCGCCAGGCGACCCGCUAUUCUGGUUCCACCACGCGCAAGUCGACCGGAUCUGGGCGAUCUGGCAGAGCGCGGAUUACGCGACGCGAGAGGCCGAGCUGGAUGGGACCAUCACGCUCACGAAUGGUAAGUAA